UCUUUUUUCACUCUCUCCCAUAAAGAAAGCUUUAUCACGUGUGGCCUUAAACUUGCAGCAAAUUGCAAAGAAAUGGCUCAAAGGCUUCAGCUCUUUCUGUGCCCUGGGAGCUGAGAUUCACGUCAGUGGCCUUGCCAGCGUGGCCAAUUCUCUGCAGACUGCCAGAAAAAAGAGGCCAGGAGGAAAGAGGAAAGAAAAGAGACUGCCCAGGGUCUGUGGCGUGUGGCUUGGCCUCUUAGUGAGCACAUUGACUGGAACUGACUAUCUUUGAUCUCUACCUCCAGAUCAAAGUCAAGGAACAUUUUUAUAAUGGAUACUUCAUCCAAAGAAAAUAUUCAGUUAUUCUGCAAAACUUCAGUGCAACCUGUUGGAAGUCCUUCCUUUAAAACAGAAUAUCCUUCUUCAGAGGAAAAGCAACCAUGUUGUGGUGAACUAAAGGUGUUCUUGGGUGCCUUGUCUUUUGUUUACUUUGCCAAAGCAUUGGCAGAAGGUUAUCUGAAGAGCACCAUCACUCAGAUAGAGAGAAGGUUUGAUAUCCCUUCUUCACUGGUGGGAGUUAUUGAUGGCAGUUUUGAAAUUGGGAAUCUCUUAGUUAUAACAUUUGUUAGCUACUUUGGAGCCAAACUUCACAGACCAAAAAUAAUUGGAGCAGGGUGCCUGAUCAUGGGAGUUGGAACAUUGCUCAUUGCAAUGCCUCAGUUCUUCAUGGAGCAGUACAGAUAUGAGAAGUAUUCUCCUUUCUCCAAUUCUACUCUCAGCAUCUCUCCGUGUCUCCUAGAGUCAAGCAGUCAAAUACCAAUCUCAGUUAUGGAAAAAUCACAAUCCAAAAUAAAUAACGAAUGUGAAGUUGACGCUAGCUCCUCCAUGUGGAUUUAUGUUUUCCUGGGAAAUCUUCUUCGUGGAAUAGGAGAAACUCCCAUUCAGCCUCUAGGCAUUGCCUACCUGGAUGACUUUUCCAGUGAAGACAAUGCAGCUUUCUAUAUUGGGUGUGUGCAGACGGUUGCAAUUAUAGGACCAAUCUUUGGCUUCCUGUUAGGUUCAUUAUGUGCCAAACUGUAUGUUGACAUUGGCUUUGUAAACCUAGAUCACGUAACCAUUACCCCAAAAGAUCCCCAGUGGGUAGGGGCCUGGUGGCUUGGUUAUCUAAUAGCAGGAAUCAUAAGUCUUCUCGCAGCUGUGCCUUUCUGGUGUUUACCUAAGAGUCUACCAAGUCCCCAAAAUAGAGAAGAUUCAAGUUCCUCCUCUGAGAAAUCCAAAUUUAUUAUAGAUGAUCACACAGACUACCAAACAAGCCAUGGAGAAAAAGCAAAAAUAAUGGAAAUGGCAAGAGAUUUUAUUCCAUCUUUGAAGAAUCUUUUUGGAAAUCCAGUGUACUUCCUAUAUUUGUGUGCAAGCACUGUUCAGUUCAAUUCUUUGUUUGGCAUGGUGACAUAUAAGCCGAAGUACAUUGAGCAACAGUAUGGACAAUCAUCUUCCAAGACCAACUUUGUGAUCGGGCUCAUCAACAUACCUGCUGUGGCCCUUGGGAUAUUCUCUGGGGGAAUAGUUAUGAAAAAAUUCAGAAUCAGUGUGUGUGGAGCUGCAAAACUCUACUUGGGAUCAUCUGUCUUUGGUUAUCUCCUAUUCCUUUUUCUGUUUGCACUGGGCUGUGAAAAUUCUGAUGUGGCAGGACUAACUAUCUCCUACCAAGGAACCAAACCUGUCUCUUAUCAUGAACGAGCUCUCUUUUCAGAUUGCAACUCAAGAUGUAAAUGUUCAGAGACAAAAUGGGAACCCAUGUGUGGUGAAAAUGGAAUCACAUAUGCAUCAGCUUGUCUUGCUGGUUGUCAAACCUCCAACAGGAGUGGAAAAAAUAUUAUAUUUUAUAACUGCACCUGUGUGGGAAUUGCAUCCUCUACAUCAGGAAAUUCCUCAGGCAUAGUAGGAAGAUGUCAAAAAGAUAAUGGAUGUCCCAAAAUGUUUCUGUAUUUCCUGGUGAUUUCAGUCAUCACAUCCUAUACUUUAUCGCUAGGUGGCAUACCUGGAUACAUAUUACUUUUGAGGUGUAUUAAGCCACAACUUAAGUCUUUUGCCUUGGGUAUCUAUACCUUAGCAAUAAGAGUUCUUGCAGGAAUCCCAGCUCCAGUUUAUUUUGGAGUUUUGAUUGACACUUCAUGCCUCAAAUGGGGAUUUAAAAGAUGUGGAAGUAAAGGAUCCUGUAGAUUAUAUGAUUCAAAUGCUUUCAGGUACCAAAUCAAAUGCAUUCCUACAUGUCACUGCUACAACAUCCCAGGUUUACACAAUGCCACCAACACUAACAAUUUUUCAUGUUAUUUCACUGCUUGUAAGACACAUAUAUCUGGGACUAACUGUGAUACUGGGCACAGCAUCCAUUUUCCUAAGCAUUGCAGUACUUUUCAUUUUAAAGAAAAAUUAUAUUUCAAAACACAGAAGCCUGAUAACCAAGAGAGAAAGAACAAUGGUGGCUACGAGAUUUCGGAAAGAAAAUUAUACUACAAGUGAUCAUUUGCUACAGCCCAACUACUGGCCAGGCAAAGAAACACAACUUUAGAAAAAAUGCUGACUCAAAGUAGUGUUUUCUAAUUGGUAGGCAUUUUUCAAACAAAAACAAAUUAAUCAAAGGGGUUC